AUGGCGGACUCCACCAUUGAUGAGAUUGCACAGCUUCUUGACCAAUGUAAGCCAGAGGAGCUGAAUGAAAUCCUCGCCUCCAUCGAGAACUCGGGUGCUGCGGGACCGACCUCAAUUCAACCAGUGCCACCCAGUGGUCCGCCGCCGGGCGGACGUCGGCCAGCGCCCGGCGUGAAGCCAUUGGAGACCGGUGUGGGAAAGGAUGAGAUCCGGAAACUCUUAGAGGAGCACAGCGCCGGAGUGAUCUCUGAGGUUCGGAAGUUGAUUCCAACCAUUUCCAGUGGAGUCAUGGACACCAUCGACGUGGCCACCUUGACCCAAGCCUUAGCCGAGAGAGAUCAAGAAGUGAAGGCCCUGGAGGCACGCUUCCAAGAGCUUCAGGCCGACUUAUCGGCCAAGGACAAGCGCGUGGCGGAGCUGGGCGGGGAGUUGGAUGCCACGCUGAGGGAAGUGAGGCAUCGACAGCUCGAUCUUGAGUUUCAGCAGCUGAAACUUGAGGAGAAGGUUCGAAACAACGCUGAGCUGGAGCAGGCACAACGUGCUCUCUCCGCUCGUGUGGAAGAGGCCUCUCUCCAAGCAAGGCAUGCGGCAUUGGAGGCCGAUAUGAGUCGCUAUACUCCUCGCGGCGGUUUGCAGGCGCAAGGGACCUUGCCGUGGACGCUUCGGAAGGGUCGCUUGCCGGCGGUGGGGCAGCUGGACCGAUGA